UACGUUUUGGUUGUUAAUCUAAUCUCAUAUUUGUCGAGAAUGACUUUCCAGCGAUUAUUCUUUGUUUUACGGUAAACUGUUAAAAGUCACGUUCAUAAAUGGCAUAAUUGGGGUGAGAUAAAAAAAAACAUGGGUUUAAAAAAAGAAAGCUUUUCGGAUAAUUUCUGACACACUGGUCACAGACGCGGAACAAGUGAAAAUGUCGAAGUGCAGAUGUAGCCUAUGAAAGCAGAAUGGAUCUGUCCAGAAGAAGAGAAGUCUACUCGCAUCACACAUCCACUCCGAGUUUCUCUAAACGGGAGCAUGAGUACAACACCAAAUAUUUAACAAUUGUGAUUAAAAAUCCCACUGAGGCUAUAUUUUCAGACGGAACAAAAGCACCGUUUGGAGUGGUUUUUAUUGUCAUUAUUAUAAUUCUUCAAUGGGAAACGGUCGUUUAAUUUGUCCACUUUUCCUCUUUACGGUAAGUCAACAAAGUCGGAGAGUAAUUUUGGAGGGCAACUUGUUUGGAAAGUCCUUACAUUGGCUGGGCAAAUGGAAAGUUAGUGUUGAAUCAAGUAUUUCAAUUUUUUCUGUUAUUACAGUAUUGCUGUGAAUCGAUAUUUAAACUGUUUGGCUUAACGAAACCAGUAUCUCUUUACGUUUUAAAUGCUGUAUGUGUGUGUGUGUGGUUUUAAAACUGUAAUGAUCCGUGUAGCCUAAUAUUCAUAAUUAUCGCUGCUAUUAUUACUAUUAUUAUUUUCAUAAUUAUCAUUAUUAUUACUACCUCAGAUGCGAAACCGGUCAUGGUUUUUGACUUUGAUUUUCAUUCCUCAGGAUAAUCUAACGAGGUGCGCGCAAGAAGAGAGAGAGAGGCUUGGCCACAGAGGGAGGCGCCUCUCUUUCUUCCUCGCCUUUGAAGAGUGUUUUCUCACUUUCAGAAGAGGACAUACGCGUGAGAAAGUCAAUUGCUCGAGAAUUAUGCUGUCUUAAAGAAGCGCGUGUGGAUUUUACCCGCCAAGACACGCUCAGCUGCCUACGAGAAGCGCGAGGCGGUGAGGAUUUGGCACCUACCUGGGAACGCACGGUGGGAGUUGGUGGCCAAGGUAUCGGAUCAGAGCAAUGUCUGCCAUGCCAUCAGUCACCAAUGCACCAUGUCAAAGAAAAAGCUGGCAGGUGUUUGUAUGGGUUGUGAUGUCUCUGCUGCCCCUAGUGGCAAGAGGCAGGUCAGGUUUCAGGGCAGAAUCUGAAGCUGCAGUGGGAUUACUUAGCGGUGGAGCGGAGGAGCCACCUUUAGAGGCUCUUCCAGACAUUGAGGAGAAGAUAGAAGAGGGCAGUGACUCUCCAUGGCAUGAUCUGUUUGAGCCAUCUGUGUUUGUCGAGGAAGACAAGCAGUCAGUGCGAUGGGAACGUUCACCCCGCUCGCCAGACACCUCUGACAUACAGACCAAAGGUGCGCGCAAGAAAAAGAAGAAAAAAGAGAAGGAAGAAAAGAAAAAGAAAGACAAGAAUAGUGGCCGACGACACAGCAACCGAGACUGCCGUGUGGAAAAACGGGAGAUGCGCGUUCGAGACCUGGGUAUGGGCUUCGACUCGGACGAGAUCGUACUCUUCAAGUUCUGUGUCGGUUCCUGCCAAAGGUCCCGUGGGAACUAUGACUUAGCUCUGCAUGCUCUGCUUGCCAAUGGCAGCCUGCCAAAGCGCACUGCCAGGAAGAUUAGCGCACAACCUUGUUGCCGCCCCAUGGGUUAUGAACCGGUCUCCUUCAUGGAUGCUUCCACAACCUGGAGAACCAUCAAAUCACUCUCGGCCGCAGAUUGUGAGUGUGUAGGAUGAGGCAAGCUGGAAGAGGGGAGGGGGAGCAUGACCUGAAAAAAAUGGUGCAACAGUCAAAGAAAGGAGGAGGAAUCGGGAAGCCUCCUGGGCCAUAGCUACAAAACGAGGUCAGGCAGUGUUGGCCCUCUGAAAAGCUAUGAGGGGAAUUUGGUUGGUCUCUAGGGGCUGUGAGUGAUUCACAACAACAGCCUAUGUACAGUAUACAACAUUUUGUCACACCAAACCUCAUCAGAAAGGAUUGGAUGGGAUUAGAACAAGACAGAGAAGAGGAGAAACUCAGCAACAUCACUGAGGAUGCAAGAACAGCAACUUUGGAUUAUCCAGUUGAGUUGCUCUAUAAACAUAAAACAUGUUAUAACUUGAUGAGCGUUUGCUUACCAGGAGUUUUCAUCAGACUUGGAUAUAGCACGAAACCCUGAUUUAUUUGUCAGACUCAUUUGUUGAUCCUGGAUGUCAGUGCCCAUUUUCCUGGCCUUCCAUCUGGCAUGUAAUAUUUCAGCCAGAAUAGCUAAAUUUGGAUUACUCAUUAUUAAUGGCACAUUAUUGUUGUAAUUACAAUGUAAUUGCACAAUCAUAUGUGGAGUAUUAUUAAAAAUUAAGUCCUUAGAAAACACAUAGGCCAGUUAGUAUUACCCUUUUAGCCAGAAGCGCUGAAGGUUGAUUGUAUUUGCAGUAGGUCUUUAAGUUCUCAGGAUUUUACCGGACUAAUAUAAAGGGUGUUUUUCUGUUACAUUUUUAAUGCUUAUAAAAAUGGUCAUGUUCCAUGAGUUGAUGACAGAUAUAUAAGUGAAUAUAGGUAAAUAUAUAACAAAAAACUAAUAUUUGAUGCUUUACUGUAAAAGGACAAUGCAAUAUCUUUGAAUUUAUUUAUGCUAGUGCAUCAAAUGUUAAUGUACAAAGUACAUAUGAUGUUAAAAAAAUAUUUGCAUUAAAUACAUGAGGUAAGAAUGAUAUAUGUCUAAAUAAAAAUAAAAAUAAUUCUUCCCUGUAAAUUCUUGACAGGGUUUCCCCCAUUAUAUUUAUAUAAAUAUAGCAUAAUUUAAUCGGAUCCAAGUGACAGUGCUUAUCCAGACCCAUUAGUGUUUUCUUUUUUUCCCAACACAGAUGAUGACCACAAUGCAUUUGUCAUUUUUUAUCAUAUUGUUACCAAAUGGAUGCCAUGCAUCGCUUAACACUUACUGUACAGAUAUCAUAUUUAUUUUUUCAUAUAAGUUAUUUAUUUAUUGCUAUGUCUACAGAUGUGUCUUUUGGAUGUUUAUAUUUAUUAUUGUUUAUACCUUGGCCUCUGUUCUGCAAUCCCUGUCAUCUCACGAUAAACCAGCAUGAAUAACAGCAAGGCUUUGAACAAGGUCAGCUGCAAGAUAUCCCAGUUGGGAGAAAAAACUGAGAUAAUUAUUCCAAAUAUUUAGAUUGGAUGAGAAGGACUUGUAGACAUCUCCUGUCAGAUCAUGACAAAUGCUUUAUUGGGUCCUUAUUUGAGUCCUCCAAGAGUUAUAAAACUCUCAGAAAAAAAGGGAAGUCUCAGCUUCAAUUUAUAAAAAGGACAUUAAAAUAGUUUCUUCCGAAUUGUCUUCUGACAUAGGCUAUUUGUCUUCCCAACUUUGAUGUUGUAUUCUGUUUCAACAUUUAAAGCUGCUCUGAAAAUACUUUUACAAAUAUAAACUUCUUAAUGACAAUUUCUUUGCUUCAGUAUUUUACAUGUUUUAUUUAUCUAUUAUUAUUGUUGUUGUCAUUGACAAAGUUACUCUUUAUUUUUGUAUUUCAUAUUUUCUGUAUAGUUAUAAAGCUGUUUAUACAUAAUGUGAAUAAGAUUCUUGUCCUUUAAUUUGAAUCUAGAGGAAGCAACAAAUAGAUUGCAUCACAUGUAACAUCUUUCUCUGGCAACAAAUCUUUUCUAGAGAAAAGUUGUCUGUUUAAACAAGUUACAAGCACAAUUUUGUUUGUACAGUUCCAUGCCUCGUAUUUUAGGUUUGAAGAAAAG